AUGUUCUUCAAUCAAAGCAUGUUCAUCUCAAAACCCUACUCUUCAAUCGCAAUUCGAUCGGUGUGGUCUUCAAAUCUCGAAUCCGAAUUCAAAUUGAUCCGUAGAUUCAUGGAUACUCAUCCAAUCAUAUCCAUGGACACUGAAUUUCCCGGCGUCGUCGUCCGCCCUGACACCUCCGAGUUAACUUUCCAUAACCGCGAUUCCACCGCCCAUUACUCGGUGCUUAAGGCGAAUGUCGACGGCCUUAACCUAAUUCAGGUCGGACUCACUCUCUCUGAUGCUAAUGGGAAUCUCCCUAGCCUUGGGAGUUCUGAAUUUUACAUUUGGGAGUUUAAUUUUAGUGAUUUUGAUGUUUCUCAUGAUAUUCAUAAUCAUGAUUCGAUUGAGCUUUUGCGCGCGCAAGGGAUUGAUUUCGAUAAGAAUAAGAAAUUCGGUAUUGAUUCGGCUAAAUUUGCUGAGUUGAUGAUGAGUUCUGGACUUGUUUGUAAUGAGGAUGUUAAUUGGGUUACUUUUCAUAGCGGUUAUGAUUUCGGUUACCUUGUGAAGGCAUUGACGCAGCGCGCUUUGCCUGAAGGUCUCGCUGAUUUUCUGCUUUUGGUUAAGGUUUAUUUUGGUGAUAGUGUUUAUGAUGUGAAGCAUUUGAUGAAAUUCUGUGAUGGUCUAUUUGGUGGUUUGGAUAGGGUUAGUAAGACUCUGAAUGUCGACCGCGCUGUUGGGAAAAGUCAUCAGGCUGGUUCUGAUAGUUUGCUUACUCUUCAUGCUUUCCGAAGGAUUAAGGAGGUUCAUUUUCGCAAUGUUGAAGAUGAACUGAUCAAAUAUGCUGGUGUGUUGUAUGGUUUAGAAAACAUGGUGUGAUGAAUGGAUAACAUUGUUGUAGAUUGUUUUAUGUUUAUGUUCAACAUAAAGUGAAAAAUUUUAUA